AUCACAGUCCUACGACGUACGAGUGGUCCCCAUCUCGUCUGCUCUAGGUCCAGCACUAUCCUGGCUAAGACCACACACUAAGCUUCCCCAGCACCUUCGGACCUAUUCUUACUAGCUUGUUGGCCAGCCGCGGGACUAGCGCGCUCACUCCAUGCUUCCAGUCUCCAGACUAGGCGGCUGCCCAUGGAGAUCCCCAGGCUCGUGGAAACACAUCCCCAAAUGUACUUAAAGAUGGUCAGCCCGCCGUGAAGUAGCAGACAUCCUCAUCCGAGUAUUCUACUCUCUAGACUUGAGUCUUCCUUCUCCAUCGCUUUUACAUAUUAGAUCGUUGCCAAUCAUGGGUCUGAUGUUGAAGAAGCCUCAGGGCGUAGCUGGCUCGACAGCGCCCGCCAUCCUGGUCGGCUUGUUUGUUGCCUUCGGUGGUGUUCUGUUCGGUUAUGAUACUGGUACCAUUGGUGGUAUCCUAGGAAUGAAGCACUGGCGAGAGCUUUUCAGCACUGGCUUCAAAAACCGUACCGACGGUCUCCCCGAUGUCACCGCCGAACAAACCUCGUUGAUCGUCUCUAUCCUCUCUGCUGGUACCUUCUUCGGUGCUCUGACUGCCGCACCCACUGCCGAUUUCCUUGGUCGCCGUCUCGGUCUUGUUGUCAGCAACAUCGUCUUCUGUGUCGGUGUCAUCCUCCAGACUGCUGCUACCGCUAUCCCCAUGUUCGUUGCUGGACGUUUCUUCGCUGGUUACGGUGUUGGUAUGAUCAGUGCCACUAUUCCCUUGUACCAAUCCGAGACUGCACCCAAGUGGAUUCGUGGUACCAUCGUCGGUUGCUACCAGCUUGCUAUCACCAUCGGUCUGUUGCUUGCUGCUAUCGUCAAUAACUCCACCAAGGACAGGGACGAUACCGGCUCGUACCGUAUUCCCAUCGCUGUUCAAUUCGCCUGGGCUAUCAUUCUCUUCCUUGGUUGCAUCUGGCUUCCCGAGACUCCCCGCUGGUUCAUCAAGAAGGGUCACCCAGAGAAGGCUGCUAAGUCUCUUUCCACCCUUCGCCGCCUUAAUGUCGAGGAUCCCGCUCUCGUUGAGGAGUUGGCUGAGAUCACUGCCAACCAUGAAUACGAACUGUCUCUUGGCAAGGCCACCUACCUCGACUGCUUCCGCGGCAACCUGGGAAAGCGUCUCUUCACUGGUUGUGCUCUCCAGUCCCUCCAACAGCUCACUGGUGUCAACUUCAUCUUCUACUACGGAACUUCCUUCUUCCAGAACUCCGGAAUCAGCAACCCCUUCGUCGUCAGUAUGAUUACCUCUUGCGUCAACGUUGCCUCAACCUUCCCUGGUCUUUACCUCGUCGAGAAGUGGGGUCGCCGCAACCUUCUCCUUUUCGGUGCCAUCGGUAUGGCUGUCUGCCAAUUCAUCGUUGCCAUUACCGGUACCGUUGCUGGCGUUGAUAACCAGUCUGCACAGAAGGCUUUGAUCGCAUUCGUCUGCAUCUACAUUUUCUUCUUCGCCUGCUCAUGGGGACCCGUUGCCUGGGUCGUCACUGGUGAGAUCUUCCCUCUCAAGGUCCGAGCCAAGUCUCUCUCUAUGACUACAGCAUCCAACUGGUUGCUCAACUUUGCCAUUGGAUACGCUACCCCAUACAUGGUCAAUGACGGUCCCGGCAACGCCAACAUGGGUGCUAAGGUCUUCUUCGUCUGGGGAGGAUGCUGCUUUAUUUGCAUCUUCUUCGUCUGGGCCAUGAUCUACGAGACCAAGGGACUUUCUCUCGAGCAAGUCGACGAGCUCUACGGCAAGUGCUCCCAGGCCUGGAAGUCCCCUGGCUUCGUUCCUUCCCUCUCUUUCCAAGAUGUCCAGGACAUGCACGCCGACAACCGCCGUGCUAGCCUUACCGAGAUCGAGGCCGAUGCUUCUCGCAAGAGGAGCGCCACCUACAAUGAAUACCCUGAGAAGCACACUGUUUAAGCGUCUACCACCGAGACGCAUUGAAUUCACGAAGACUAAUGAGAGUCGCUACUACCCCUGUAAAUACGCAACUGGCGGUUUGAGUUUCGCAUGAUAGCGCUGCGCACUGUAUAUAUCCAUCGUCCAUGAAUUAUGAUCUGUAUCACUUCAUCCACGUCCAUAAUUGCUUUCCUCGUGCUCUUACCCUCAUUUACUUUCCAAUCCACUUCCAAUUCUCUCUGACGGAAGGAUAAUCGGUAACUACUAGUCUAGAUCCCGCCACUCAGGCGAUCG